AAGAGUUAAGCGUCGUAAAUAAUAGACAGUUGCCCGGACUUAAUAAUGAUUAAAACUUAAUAGAAGGGCUAUUUGAAACCAAUCGCAAAGUGGUUGAUUUUAUCAAAAUAAUGAUAUUAAAUUACAUUUUUAAAACCCGUGUGUUUAGUAUCGUGAUAUCAGUUGCCUUGUGUGCUUCUGUGCAAACAUAAAUUGUAGGUAUACUUAAAAAAACAUUCGUGUUAAAUCUGAAACAUAAAGUUAUGUAUUACUCUUAUAAGCACACUGCUAAAAUUACGCCAGUUAGACUGAACAAUUUUUUGGACAAUAGGUUUUUUAUAAUACGUCAGCUUAGGCCUCUUAUCAUAUUUCAAGCUCUGCUGGGAGUUAGUCGUCCUUACCUUUUAAAACCUAAAAAAAUCUUCGAAUGGAUGAGCUACUGCUACAGCUUCUUGGCUAUGCUCCUCCUGUGUUACUCAUUAUUGCAGGAUAACUAUGUUGGCGCGACUUACAUUGUAUUUAAGUGCACAUCUUGUAUUGAAUUUCUUAUUUUAGUCUUAAGUUCAAUACUCUUACAAAGGCGAUCGAUGACAGAGUUCUUUAAAAAUUUGGAAGCUUUCGACAGAGUCAUGAAUAUCGAAAAAGAUGUUAUUAUCACUGUGCCUAUGCACAGACCGAUACUCUGGUUAAUAUUGAGUACUUUUAUUACUACUAUUGAGUUUUUUGUCAUUUUUGAAUCAAAUUUUGCUUAUUCGAUCACUAAUUUGACUAUAAUGGUCCACGACGCCGAGCAAGUAUUCUUUGGGACAAUGCUGAGAACAAUUUUCGAGCGGGUUCGUAUAGUAAAGGCGCAUGUAAUAAAAGUGUGCGAUAGGACUUGUGAAGAGACAAGAAAGCGUAAGAAUCUAGACAAGGUGGAAGCUUUAUCGAGGAAAUCUCAACACGGUAUAAGUUCUCUGCACGAAGUGUACGAGUCUUUACACAAAUGCGCCGAACAACUUAACUCUGUGAUGAGCUUUCCGGUAUGUACAAUUAUAAUAAAUAAAUUACCUAUAUUAUUUGUAGUGGCAGUGUGGAAUACCAACCUAACCCUUACACUUCAUCACAGUCUUGUUAUUUUACAGCUGUUGUUACUGGUAUACAUCUUUAUCAGAUGCUUGAAGUACACGAUUUUGGUCAUUAUACCGUGUUACUACUCGAGCAAGACCACAACGCAAGUCUCCAUCAUACGGAAAACUCUUCACGAUGCGCUGAACAAUGAUCAGUUUGAUAAGAUAGACUGCCGCCGUCUGAAGGCGUUCUUCCAGCUGACAUGUGACAGUGAGUUCGCGUAUGCGCUGUGGGGCGUCAUCAACCUCAACAUGUCGCUGCCGCUCAGCUACAUCAGCCUCUGCACCACCUACUUAGUCAUCAUCAUACAGUUCUCCAAGUUCAUUGACUAA